UUGAUGUCUACUGUAGUAGCUUUAACAGCCAGCAUGAUUUGUGAAAAGAUUCCCAGCCUCGUGCUUGCUCAAGAGAGGAUGUGCAGAGAGAGGCCACACUUGAUAGUGGCUAUUGGUGACGGCUUAAAGAUGGGCAAACUAGAGUGCCAGAAACAGUUCCGCUACAGGAGGUGGAACUGCACAGCCUUGGGAAGUGAAGACGUUUUUACCCCCGUUUUGGUAGUCGGCAGCCGGGAGGCAGCGUACGCUUACGCCGCGGUGUCUGCAGGAGUGACCUACGCUAUUACACAAAGUUGUAGCCGAGGGAAGCUACGGAACUGUGGUUGCGACACGAGUCGAGAUGGCAUGCUGGAUGCCGAAGGUGGCUGGAAGUGGGGCGGAUGCAGUGCGGACAUAAGAUAUGGCAUACGCAUGAGCAGACAGUUCCUGGAUGUGCGGGAAAUUGAAGGCGAUGAGCGUUCGCUCAUGAACCUGCACAAUAACAGGGCUGGAAGGAAGAUGUGUGUGAAUUUAGAUCAAUUAGUUGCUUUAACUAAUUCAAAAAUGAAGCAGUGUUUGAUAUACGGAUUAGUAAAGCAAUCCAAAUUGCAAUCUCAUGACAACAAGGUUUAUGUUUAA